AUGUCUGGAAAAGAAAGUUCUUAUUGGCAGGACCUUAAAGCGCUUAUCCGGAUUCCUACGUUCGUUUCUUGCACCUGGGCCUAUACUGCUCUAAUUUUCGUCACCGGUACUCUGGUUUGGUGGGAGCCAACUAUUAUCGAGCAUGGAAUUGCAUGGAACAAAGGAGAGAAUGACACAGCUUCACAACCAGAUAGCAAAUCGGACCACAUCGGAUUGAUCUUUGGAGGAAUCACGACCUUGUCAGGACUUUUGGGCGUGACAGCUGGGACAGUGAUGGCAGGGAUGAUGCGAAAAGGCCGUGGCAUCUUUCGACCAAUAAAAACAGAGCGAGCUCAACCAAUCGUAUCUGGGGUUGGAGCGCUGAUCAGUGCACCUCUGCUAGCCGUGAUAUUCAUUUGGGGCCAUCAUAGCAUCACAAUGCUUUGGAUAAUUUUGUUCGUUGUGAGCACAUGCUUAAGCUUCAACUGGGGUCUGAAUGUCGAUAUGCUUAUGAGCGUCAUAGUACCAUCUCGGAGAAGUACGGCAUUUUCUUACUUUAUGCUCAUUUCACAUCUUUUCGGGGACGCUACGGGACCAUACAUCGUUGGUGCGGUAUCCGACGCAAUUCGAGGUGAUGUAAAAACGCCAAAAAAUCACUAUCUUUCAUUGGUAAAGGCAUGCUCGGUGACUGUAGUACUGCUCUGUAUAUCUGCUGCUCUUUACUUUGUAUCAGCUGCCACGCUUCUGAGAGAUCAAAAGAAGUUCAAAGAACAAAUGGGUAGGUAA